AUGUCUUUCCAACCAACCCAGAUUUUCGAAGAGGGCACCACCGAGGAGAAGGGUGAGAAUGCCCGUCUCGCCGCCUUUGUUGGCGCCAUCGCCGUGGGAGACCUCGUCAAGAGCACCCUCGGUCCCAAAGGAAUGGACAAGAUCCUGCAGUCCGCCUCGACCGCCGAAAUCAUGGUAACAAACGACGGUGCCACCAUCCUCAAAGCGAUCGCCCUCGACAACGCCGCCGCAAAGGUCCUAGUCAACAUUUCCAAGGUCCAGGAUGACGAAGUCGGUGACGGCACCACCUCCGUCACCGUUCUGGCCGCCGAGCUGCUACGAGAGGCCGAGAAGCUGGUUGACAAGAAGAUCCACCCCCAGACCAUUAUCGAGGGUUACAGAAUAGCGAGCCGUGCUGCCUUGAAGGCGCUGGAAGAGUCGGCGGUUGACCACAGCAAGAGCCCCGAGGCUUUCCGAAAUGACCUCCUCGCCAUUGCACGGACGACCCUCAGCUCCAAGGUCCUGGCCCAGGACCGAGACCAGUUUGCCGAGCUCGCUUGCGAUGCCGUGCUUCGAUUGAAGUCUUCCGACCUCACCCACAUUCAGAUUAUCAAGAAGGCCGGAGGAAAGCUCAGCGACUCUUACCUCGACGAAGGAUUCAUCCUGGACAAAAAGAUCGGUGUGAACCAGCCCAAGCGGUUGGAGAAGGCAAAGAUUCUGGUGGCCAACACUUCCAUGGACACCGACAAGGUCAAGAUUUUUGGAGCCCGAGUCAAGGUCACCGGCACAAGCAAGCUCGCAGAUUUGGAGCGGGCGGAGAAGGAUAAGAUGAAGGCGAAGGUCGAGAAGAUCAAGUCCCACGGCAUCAACUGCUUCAUUAACCGCCAGUUGAUCUACAACUGGCCCGAGCAACUGUUCACCGAUGCCGGCAUCAUGUCGAUCGAGCACGCCGACUUCGAUGGUAUUGAGCGCCUGGCCCUUGUCACUGGCGGAGAGAUUGCCUCGACUUUCGACCACCCCGACCAGGUCAAGCUGGGACACUGUGAUUUGAUCGAGGAGGUUAUCAUUGGUGAGGACACCCUUAUCAAGUUCUCCGGUGUUUCUGGCGGUGAGGCUUGCACGAUCGUGCUUCGUGGUGCUACCGAACAGCUUCUCGAUGAGGCAGAGCGAAGCUUGCACGACGCCCUGGCUGUUCUGUCCCAGACUAUCAAGGAGCCCCGUACCACCCUCGGUGGUGGCUGUGCUGAGAUGGUCAUGGCCAAGGCCGUGGAGGGAGCCGCCACUCGCGUGGAGGGCAAGAAGCAAAUGGCUGUGUCUAGCUUCGCCAUUGCUUUGAGGCAACUGCCUACCAUUCUGGCCGACAACGCCGGCCUGGACUCUGGCGACCUUGUCGCCCGUUUGCGAAAAGCCAUUUACGAUGGCCUCACCACCUAUGGCCUGGACCUGAUGACCCCCGGCGGUGGCAUCACGGAUAUGCGGGACCUCGGUGUUAUUGAGAGUUACAAGUUGAAGAAGGCUGUUGUUUCGUCCGCCAGCGAGGCCGCAGAGCUCCUUCUCCGUGUCGAUGAUAUCAUCCGGGCAGCGCCUCGCAGACGGGAACGAAUGUGA